UCAAGUCACAUCAAAUAUGAGUCUUCAAACGGGCGAACAAAAUUAUCUCCAGAUUCUGGGACGUGAAAUUCGAAAAUUGGCAUCGUCCUCUGACUAUGCAACGAAUCUUAUAUUAGAUAUUUACCACCCACUGCCCAAGACAAAUGAAAAUGCCACUGUCAGCGUCGCUCCCAAAAUUGAAAAAUUGAGUCGCAUGUCAUUGAACGCAAUUUUCAAGGCAUAUAAAAAGGGUUCAGUGCAUAGCAAUAUUCAAUUGUGUGAUAAAAUUUGGUUCGGUCAACAAUUGGACGUUAACAAAAAAUUGGAGGACAUAAUCGAUUUAGAUAAUGAAGAAUAUUGGCGAAAAGUAGCUGAAAUGGACUGUACCGAUAAGAUUGCGCUGAUGAAUGCAAUGAAAUCGAAAAGAAUUUAUUGGAAAGCUUUCGGUGUCGAAUGUAGAUUUACAAAAUUGCUUGAAAAUACCUCACCGAGUGACUUUUUAGAAGAAAAAUUUAUUCCGCUGGCAAAACUUGUAUGCGGGUACAUCACCAAUUUAAACAUAAAGCAAAUGAUCCCACUAAAAGAGGAAUUGGUAAAGAAGAGCAUUUACAAUCCGCGUUACGUGUACAGAAAUUAUCCCAGCGAAUUUUGUCACCACGCAAGACUGGGAGUCGUUCUGAAUGAGCUAACAAAUUUAACAAAUCUCUCACUCGAGUACGGACUACGAAAAUGUCAAUACAAUUAUAAGAAGAGAUUUUUCGAAAUAUCCUAUGAGGACAUCGAGGAUUUGGCUGGCGGAAUGAAAGCUCUUACAAAACUGAAAACUUUUCGAUUCCGACACACACGAUUAAAUGACGAAAAACUUAGGAUUCUUACAUUAGCCCUUGUUACCCUACAGUCACUCGAAACAUUAGAACUGAUGUACUGCAAUUUGACCGAUAAUAGCGGAAUGGCAAUGGGACACCUAUUGCAAAACCACUCAGGAUUGAAGUCUUUAAAUCUGAAAGGCAAUCAGAUACAUGCAAUUGGUUGUCAAGGGAUAGGUUACGGAUUGCAACAACGUCGGGAACCACUUGAUUUUUUAGGCCUAUCUCGUUGUCCGAUUGGUACUGAAGGAAUCUGUCGAAUCGGCGGUGCACUCAAGGGAACUGUACAUUGCCCUAAAUUGGAUCUUUCUUUCUGUUCUCUUGGUGAAAAUGGAUCUAUGUUUAUAGCGGAACUGUUCAGUUUCCACAAACACAUAGUCACGUUAAAUAUUUCCGGCACACCGCUAGGUUAUUCUAACGGGGAAAUGCUGAUUAAAUAUUUAAAAGAUUGCUUUUGUCUAAUCGAAUUGGAUUGCCGUUCGUGCUGUUUAACUAGAGGUCAAGAAAGUAAAUUGAAAAUUAUUGUGGAAAGAAACAACUACUACAAACACCAUCCCUAUUUGUUGAAAGAACGUUUCACAGAAAAGGAUGAGGAUGACAUCGAAGAACUUUUAGAAGAUACAAGGCGAAGUGACAUCGAAAAACUAUAUGAAAACUGUGAGAUAAUAACACCUCAGAAAGACGUCUACCCAGACAGUCUUGGUGGUAUGACAUCAACGUAUGUAUCGGAUUUUCCGGAAAAUUUUUUAUCGGAUUUAAAUACGGACUCCGAUGGUAAUGAAAUUAAAGUCAUUCGGUCUACCACUGAAGAAAAAUCAUAAUAAAUGUACCAUAAACCGCAAAUUUACUAUUGCAAAUGAAAUAUAUCUAUUAAAAA